CUCGGUGCGUACGGACGCUAGCGUUACCAUUUUCACUUCCGGGUCUUGUACGCAGCAGUGAGAGCUAGCGAGCAGGCACCCACCGCGUUUCUGUGGCAGUGGGACCCUGGGAGCAGGAGAGGUCCACUCACCUACGAUCCUCGGCGCAAUACAGACAUAACUUUUCAAGCCAACUGACACGUCUUAAAGGAGAACAGGAGAAAGACAUCGCAAACCCUGAGAGGCAACCAUAGUGAACUUUGACAGGGAGAAGAAAAAGGUACUGGACUCUCAUUAUACACUUAUUUUAAACACAUCUUUCGUAAACCCAGUGUGCACUUUUCUGUAGGCUAUAUUAUGAGAGCACAGUCCAUUCCGCAAAAAUGCUUGACGACUUUUUUAGAAGUCUUCCAUAUUGAUUUUAAAGCUAUUUAAAGUCAUUUUUCACAACUCAAAAAUAACCAUGGAAUUAUCAGGUAGAGUCAGACCAUGAUAUUUUGUGAUGGGCUUGAUUUCUCAGUGAAGUAUAAUCUUUUGAAUUGUAUAUUAACAACAUUGUCGGGAGUAUUUCCUUGUUUAAUUGCAUUGAGGUUAAUGAAGAAACUGUCAUGGACCCAAAACACUUUCCCCCAUAUAGAUUCAGUUGAGUGAAAUGGGGACUGUUAUUUGAAAAGCUGAACCCAUAGGUUGUGGGCUAUGAGAAACAGUGCUUGUCUGAUGCCAGGGAGCAGCAGCAGCAUAUAGUGUCAAAUGGCACAUGCCCAUAGUUCUAUGAGGGUUUCUGAUGGGUGAGGGAGCAAGCAAUGCUCCUGCAAGAGUUGGAGAAGGAAUAGGCAGAAGGGGAUUCUUCAGGACAUCAGCGAACUACUGCACUGCUAAAAAGUGUUUGAUGAAUAUUUGUGUGCUUGGGUGAUAUAUCGCUCUGUCUGUCUAUCUGUCUCUCUCUCUGUCUCUCUCUCUCUCUCUCUCUCUCUCUCUCAAACACACACGCACACACACACGUCAAACUAAUAUAUAAAAAAACACAAAUCAAGUACCUUGAAGGAGUUGCGUAGUGAUUCAUUGCACAGUGAACACAGAGUUGUAUAUCUGGUACAAGCAGUCCAUACAGAUACUCCCCGCCCCCCUCCCCCACAAUGCUCCUCUUCCUCAGACAAUUUUCAGAUUUAUGAGACUGACCCAGAAGUGAACUAGUGCUGACAUUAUGCUUGUUGUGAUGAGUGUGAUGAAAGGAGCCAGGCGUAGGAGGGUAAUUACCGAAUACAGAGUUUAUUCCUUCGUUGACACACAAAUGCGCUCAAAUAGCGAUCAACGAAACAGGCACAGGGGAAACUCUCAUCCCUGGCAAAUACACUGUAACGGUAGAAUCCCAUAAUACAUAGGCACAGGGGAAAAUCUACCCUGGCAACAAAAUGUACGAGUAGCUCCACCGAGCUACACUACUCUCACAUUCAAACAAUCACCCACAAGGACAAGGGGGCAGAGGGAACACUUAUACACGGACUAAUGAGGGGAUUAGAACCAGGUGUGUGUGAUUGACAAGACAAAUGUGAUGAUGAUUGGGGCAGCAGUGGUUAGUAAGCUGGUGACGACGAACGCCGAAGCCUGCCCGAACAAGGAGGGGAGGCAGUCUCGGCCGAAGUCGUGACACUUUAAGUUUUGGUCAUAUUGUGAAUACCUUUCACAUCCAGUACCUUCACCAUGGUAGGGCUGUCCAGUGUUUGAUCUGCAUGUGAGGUUCCUAAGUCUCUCUCAACUGACUGGGGGGGGGUUUGGAGAAAUUGAAAGAGGAAUGCCUCUACACCAAAGACCUAGUGUUUAGACUGAGAUCUUCCUUUAUCUUCCAUAUUAUUUUAUCACCUCAUCUGUUGUUUGUUGUGGAAGGCUUAACAUGGGGGAGUCAUGUGAAUUGAGCUUGCUUUUCUAAGCCACUUCUGAGGGAAUGACUGCUGUCAGGGUGAUACAAGUAUCUAGGCUAUGUGCUUCGUGAGCUCCCAGCUUUCACUUAGUGUUGAUGUGUUUACAGUAUAGUGAAGAGGCCACACUCUCCCCUACUUGAAUAUAACUCAGAAAUGACAUAAUAUGAGAGAGUGAAGAGUCAGUGUAAUAUAAGAAAGGAGAGACAGGAGGAGUGGACAAUCCUGUUGCCUGGUUCACCAACUACUUCUCAGAUAGAGUUCAGUGUGUCAAAUCGGAGGGCCUGUUGUCUGGACCUCUGGCAGUCUCUAUGGGGGUGCCACAGGGUUCAAUUCUUGGGCCGACACUUUUCUCAGUGUAUAUCAAUGAUGUCGCUCUUGCUGCUGGUGACUCUCAGAUCCACCUCUACGCAGACGACACCAUUUUGUAUACAUCUGGCCCUUCAUUGGACACUGUGUUAACAAACCUCCAAACGAGCUUCAAUGCCAUACAACACUCCUUCAGUAGCCUCCAACUGCUCUUAAACACUAGUAAAACUAAAUGCAUGCUUUUCAAUCGAACGCUGCUGGCACCCGCCCACCCGACUAGAAUCACCACUCUUGACGGGUCUGACCUAGAGUAUGUGGACAACUACAAAUACCUAGGUGUCUAGUUAGACUGUAAACUCUCCUUCCAGACUCACAUAAAGAAUCUCCAAACCAAAGUUAAAUCUAGAAUCGGCUUCCUAUUUCGCAACAAAGCCUCCUUCACUCAUGCUGCCAAACAUGCCCUCGUAAAACUGACUAUCCUACCGAUCUUUGACUUCGGCGAUGUCAUUUACAAAAUAGCCUCCAACACACUACUCAGCAAAUUGGAUGUAGUCUAUCACAGUGCCAUCCGUUUUGUCUCCAAAGCCCCAUACGCUACCCACCACUGUGACCUGUACGCUCUUGUUGGCUGGUCCUCACUACAUGUUCGUCGUCAAACCCACUGGCUCCAGGCCAUCUAUAAAUCACUGCUAGGCAAAUCCCCGCCUUAUCUUAGCUCAUUGGUCACCAUAGCAGCACCCACCCGUAGUCUGCGCUCCAGCAGGUAUAUCUCACUGGUCAUUCCCAAAGCCAACACCUCCUUUGGCCGCCAUUCCUUCCAGUUCUCUGCUGCCAAUGACUGGAACGAAUUGCAAAAAUCUCUGAAGCUGGAGACUCUUAUCUCCCUCACUAACUUUAAGCAUCAGUUGUCAGAGCACCUUACCGAUCACUGCACCUGUACACAGCCCAUCUGAAAUUAGCCCACCCAACUACCUCAUCCCUAUAUUGUUAUUUAUUUUGCUCUUUUGCACCCCAGUAUCUCUAUUUGCACAUAAUCUCUUGCACAUCUAGCAUUCCAGUGUUAAUACUAUUGUAAUUAUUUUGCACUAUAGCCUAUUUAUUGCCUUACCUCCAUAACUUGCUACAUUUGCACACACUGUAUAUAUAUUUUCUGUUGUAUUUUUGACUUUAUGUUUUUUACCCCAUAUGUAACUCUGUGUUGUUUUUAUCGCACUGCUUUGCUUUAUCUUGGCCAGGUCGCAGUUGUAAAUGAGAACUUGUUCUCAACUGGCUUACCUGGUUAAAUAAAGGUGAAAAAAAAAAAAAAAAAAUUCAUAGUGGUUUUGAUUAGUGUUUUAAAUUCUGCCUGUCUGGACGCUUCCUGGCAGCUUCACUAUAGAUAGUCUGCAAAAACAUACUUUUCACUGCCUUUUCCAAUGCAGUAGAUAUGUUGAAAAGCUUAUGGUCCAGACUACAUUAUGACUUUGGCCCACCCUGAAAUUGCAAUUUACAAUCCCCUGUACAACGUUUCUCCUGUUGUUAACAAAUACCUCCUUGUCUUGCUUGUAAAUAUCACUCUGACCACAUUGUAAUUGUGCUGUAUGCAGCCCAUUCCAAUUCCUGAACUCACCAUGCCCACAAUUAGGCAUUCAAAUUGGUCAAAGGUAGGCUACUCAGUAAUUACAAAGUAAUUACAGCAUCAUAAUUACAGCAUUACAAAGUAAUUACAGCAUCAUAGUUGUAUUGGCCGAAUGACAAACACAUCAAGAUUAUUUUUCCGAAAGGAAAACUGUUGCACAACAGAUCCUCAAAGACAAAUGACAAAAUCACAAUCAAGAGAUUGUGAAAAUUUCCAUUCAACCAUUUUUGUUAUGUUUCCUAACUGAACAAGGAUUUAGUGAGUGUAGGGAGAACUUAAAGACAGUCAGUAAAGCUUUUAAGCAGCCUUGUUUAAAAACACAAAGACAAUCAUAGGGGGUCCGAUUAAAUAAACAAGAUGAGAAAGAGUUUUAAUGAACACAUUUGAUAUCUUGCUGCAAGUCUAAUAACCCCACAAUAACAUGAGACUCCAACAAGAAGUAAUGAAAAUGAAGGAGAGUUUGGCCAAUCAGGAAAUGACUGAAAACAUCCUGGAGGGAGGGGGCGGAAGGGGCGAAGAGAGGGAGCGAGGGAGGGCUGUGGAGAUGGAGAGAGGAGAGGAGCUUACAGUUGCUACACAUUUGAGUGGGAGCACAAAGCCCCCUUAGUGUUUUAGGACCUCAUACUGUAUUAUACCAUGAACUGCUGCUCUGCUGCUCUGUAUGCUCUGGGACCCAGGGAACCAGAGGCACAUUAAGCGGUGGGGGGGGGGGGGUUGCAAAGAUUUUCGCUCUCUCUCCCUUUCUCUCUCACAUACACACUUUUUUUUACUAUCCUUUUGGGGACCAAACAAUUAAUUCCCAUUCAAAAUCAUAUUUUCACCCAGGACUUCUGGUCCCCACAAGGAUAGUAAAACCAAACACACAUACACACACAAAUACAAACACACAACAACACUUAUUCAUAGCCAGUGUGUUAGUAUUCAAGAAUGUCUCUCCCAGCUGGACUAAACAGCACACUCUCUCCCAUCUCUCUUUCAGCCCCUUGAGCUUUGCACUCCCUUUUAGUUUUUUUAUUGUCAGGAGGCAAGCAACUUGUUCCCUCACGCUUGUCGCCAAAUCAUUUCCCAUCUGCUUCCGAUUACCUUUGCCUGCAGUUGAUUUGCCGCCAGCCAUCCCAUCUGGGCCAGUGUGGCGUCUGUGCUCUCUGUUCUCUACUCAUACACACAGAGAGAGCGAUAGAGGGGAAAGGAGGGCUGGAGGGGGGCAGUGUGGCAAGGAACGGUAGCCAAUGACAUUGCCAAAAAGGUUUAGGAACAAAAGUCACAAUGUUAUUGUAAAUAGGACUCCUCCUCAUCCAGGCUUUUAACUCCUCUGUAGACGUCAAAGUGUGAUGGGGGAAGGGACAUCUUCAGUGUUGUAAUGUAAUAAUAACCAAUGUUGCUUUUUCAAAGGCCAUUUUUGAUCUCCCAAAAAAAGCCUGGUCUGUGGCUAAUGGCCUAUUCUUGCUGUGUGUCUGCCUCUAUCCUGUAAUGUGGCCAGGCCACAUGAGGCCCAGAGUGAGUGUGGAAGCAACCCGCUGCUUCUCUCAAAUUGGGUAAUUUUCCUCCACAGCCACUGACAUAACACCCACUUCCAGCCUAAGCACAGAGUUUUAAAAUAUCAAUGUCUUCCUUUCUACUUUAACUCCUUUCAGACCACUAAAAUAGACACAGGGGCCCCCAGGUUGAAACUUGCUUACCCUAGUCGUCAGAUUGUCAGCCACUGUUUUCCUGUGACAGGAGGAAUGAUUGAUUAGCUGAAGACGCAGCAGGAGGAGGCUGUUCAUGAGGCACUGACUACAGACUAGAUAUAUUUGUGUUGUCAGAGGGGGGCCAUUUAGAUGGAUCUCAUGCUCUCUCUCUCUCCCUCCCCCACUCUCCCCUCACACUAACCUGUUUCUCUUCCACAGGGAGGCCACAGUUGCUGCUGUACUCAGAGACAGUCUCUCUAUCAAAAUCUUCUCCUGACCGUGGUUCUACCAGAGACAGAAGCAGAGAGGCUGUGUGUGUCCAGAGCUCUCCAGUCCAGUCUCUAGAGGUCUAUCCUGCUGCCAUGGCCCUUGAGUGCACUGCGUCCCACUGGUGAGCGAGGGGCAUCAGAGGGCAGAAGACAUGUUGGGACAGAGGCCUGGGGACCGCACUGAAGCUUGCUGUAGUAACCAUGGAAAUGCUAUGGAGGACCUUGGCCUGCAUUGUUGUCAUCAUCGUCAUGGUUGCCACCAAUGUUGCAGAAAGUCAGACUGCUGAAAAGUUCACCCAGUCACAAGGUGAGCAGAGAUCGGGCCGACUACUUUCUUCUCUUCUGUUUGACAUAAAUGGAAAUGUUUAAAUGUGUCAAUGUUUAUCCUGAAUAUACAGUAUGAUUAUAGUAUGUUAUUAUUACUAUCAUAUUCAUUGGGGAAUUUAUAUUAUUCCCUCUCUUGAACUGUGAAAGUGCUUCAACAUUUCCAGUCCUGGUGUCUCACUCGAAAAGGUAAAGGACCAGUUCCAUACAGUGGGGAGGGCCUCCUCUGACCUCAGCCACACACCAGGGCAGUGGCCCUGCUGAACUUGAACCCUGCUCUCACAAAUCAACUCCAGAGACAGAAAGCCAUGCCCCCCCCCCCCCAACCCUAACCCUAACUCCAACCCCAACCCCAACCCCACCACUCCUCAGCCAGACCAAUCCCAUUUAGGCUCAAACGUAAAUACCCAGAGUGUCCAUGGCUUGUCAUGCAGAACAAGGCACUGAUUGUGUAUUUCCUAUGCUUAACCUCUGCACCCUGUAAGUCAUCUGUUUCAAAUAGUCUGCCACACAACUUCCUUAAAAACCACCACAGGCUCAUUCAUUUAUCUUCUCUGUUUAAACUAAGCUCUAGAAGUACAUUAUUAUUAUUAUUAAAAAAUAUAUAUUUUACCCCCUUUUUCUCCCCAAUUGUGAUCUUGUCUCAUCACUGCAAUUUCGCUCGGGAGAGGCGAAGGUCGAGUCAUGCGUCCUCCAAAACAUGACCUUCCAAACCGCGCUUCUUAACACCCACCCGCUUUUAACCCUGAAGCCAGCUGCACCAAUUUGUCGGAGGAAACACCGUUCAACUGACGACCGUGGUCAGCCUGCAGGUGCCCGACCCGCCACAAGGAGUCGCUAGAGCGCAAUGAGCCAAGUAAAGCCCCCCCGGCCAAACCCUCCCCUAACCCGGACGACACUGGGCCAAUUGUGCGCCACCCUAUGGGACUCCCGGUCACGACCAGUUGUGACACAGCCUGGGAUCGAACCUCAGGCUGUAGUGACUCUAAGGCACUGCGAUGCAGUGCCUUAGACUGCUGCGCCACUCAGGAGGCCAGAAGGGCACUUUUCUAACCCAAAAAUGAAACCAGCUCCAUUGAUAAUGGACGGUAAUACUUUUUUAUUAGUUAGCAUUUAUCACAAGUAUUCACUGGAAAAUGCAACAAGUAGUACGUCUGGUGUUAUACAUUACAGCGCCACUUUUUAGAUUCCUCCACGCUAGUCAUGUCUCCCACAAUGGAUAUUGACUUCUGGCCAAGUGUAAGUUAUUAUCUCACAGAAUGGUAACUCCUUGUCACGAUCGUCUAAGGAGGAGGACCAAUGCACAGCGUUGAAGGUGAACAUAUUUAUUUAGAGAAUGAUCACACGAUCAAAACAACAGACGAUAACGUGAUGUCUACGGUUGAACACAAACCAAAUAAGAACAAGAAACCACAAACAAUGAAUGCCUAACGGCUACCUAAGUAUGACUCCCAAUCAGAGACAACGAGCUACAGCCGUCUCUGAUUGGGAGCCACCCUGGCCAACAUAGAUAUACAACAACUAGAACAUAAACAAAUGAACACCCUGGCUCAACAUACGAGAGUCCCCAGAGCCAGGGCGUGACACUCCUUUAAGUAAUUCUAGAUUAAAACCUUCAACAAAAACAGAAUUAGAAAAUGGGACAUUUGCUGAGGGCAUGAAACCUGCCUAUAUUUGCUGUCGCACUUCAUGACAAGCUGCAGAAUAUUUUUGGCUAGUGUCUUUGUGUUUAUUUAAAAGAAAGAGGACAAAUAUGCAGACAUGGCGUAGUUGAAGAGUUGGGCUUUUUCUGAAAACAUAUACUCUCCCUAUUUCCUUGAAAUAAGUGAAUAAUGAGGUAUCGUGGUAGUGGCAUUAAGUCAUUUAGUUCAGUGUAUAUGUACAGUGCAUUCGAAAAGUAUUAUGACCCCUUGUUACGUUACAGCCUUAUUCUAAAAUUGAUUAAAUUGUUUUCCCCCCUCAUCAAUCUACACACAAUACACCAUAAUGACAAAGCAAAAACUGUUUUUUAGACAUUUAUGCACAUAAAAAUAAAAUAAAAAAUGAAAUAUCACAUUUAUUCAGACCCUUAACUCAGUACUUUGUUGAAGCACCUUUGGCAGCGAUUAUAGCCUUGAGUCUUCUUGCGUAUGACGCUACAAGCUUGGCACACCUGUAUUUGGGGAGUUUCUCCCAUUCUUCUCUGCAGAUCCUCUCAAGCUCUGUCAGGUUGAAUGAGGAGCGUCGCUGCACAACAUCUCCAGAGAUGUUCGAUCGGGUUCAAGUUCGGGCUCAAGGACAUUCAAAGACUUGUCCCGAAGCCACUUCUGCAUUGUCUUGGCUGUGUGCUUAGGGUCGUUGUCCUGUUGGAAGGUGAACCUUCGCCCCAGUCUGAGGUCCUGAGCGCUCUGGAGCAGGUUUUCAUCAAGGAUCUCUCUGUACUUUGCUCCAUUAAUCUUUCCCUCGAUCCUGGCUAGUCUCCCAGUCCCUGCUGCUGAAAAACAUCCCCACAGCAUGAUGCUGCCACCAACAUGCUUCACCGUAAGGAUGGUGCCAGGUUUCCUCCAGACGUGAUGCUUGGCAUUCAGGCCAAAGAGUUCAGUCUUGGUGUCAUCAGACCAGAGAAUCUUGUUUCUCAUGGUCUGAGAGUCCUUUAGGUGCCUUUUGGCAAACUCCAAGCGGGCUGUCAUGUGCCUUUUACUGAGGAGUGGCUUCCGUCUGGCCACUCUACCAUAAUGGCCUGAUUGGUGGAGUGCUGCAGAAAUAGUUGUCCUUCUGGAAGGUUCUCCCAUCUCCACAGAGGAACUCUGGAGCUCUGUCAGAGUGACCAUCGGGUUCUUGGUCACCUCCCUGACCAAGGCCCUUCUCACCCGAUUGCUCAGUUUGGCCAGGCUAGGAAGAGUCUUGGUGGUUCCAAACUUCUUCCAUUUAAGAAUGAUGGAGGCCACUGUGUUCUUGGGGACCUUCAAUGCUGCAGACAUUUUUUGGUACCCUUCCCCAGAUCUGUGGCUCGACACAAUCCUGUCUCGGAGCUCUACGGACAAAACCUUGUAUAGAGAGGUAUGUGCCUUUCCAAAUCAUGUCUAAUCAAUUGAAUUUACCACAGCUGGACUCCAAUCAAAUUGUAGAAACAUCUCAAGGAUGAUCAAUGGAAACAGGAUGCACCUGAGCUCAAUUUCGAGUCUCAUAGCAAAGGGUCUGAAUACUUAUGUAAAUAAGGUAUUUCUGUUUCUUAGUUUUAAUAAAUUUGCUAAAAUGUCUAAAAACCUGUUUUCACUUGUAACAAAAUUCCACAAAAUUUGGAAAAAGUCAAGGGGUCUGAAUACUUUCCUAAUGCACUGUAUAUAUAACUUUUCCCUCAGAAUGAGGAUCCGCAACACAGUCUCAUAACUCAGACAGUCAACUGUCCCAGGCUGAGACGUGACAGACAGACAGGCCAAGAGACAGACAUACAUACAGGCCUGACAGACCAACAGACAGACAUACAGGCCGACAGACAUACAGGCCGACAGACAGACAGACAGGCUCACAGACACAGACACACAGAGAGAGAGAGAGAGAGAGAGAGAGAGAGAGAGAGAGAGAGAGAGAGAGAGAGAGAGAGAGAGAGAACACUACAGUAAAAAGGGCCACUGUUCUCGUUUCCUUCUCUUUUUUUAAAGAGGCUAAUUAAAGGUUCCUUUCUUCUAAAAGCUCAAAUAAACCAAACUCUGGGUAGCGCUUAUGGCAGUUUAUUUUAUAAAAGGUGAGCACUCUUCUUUUAUGGGCCUCUCUGUUUUACCGGUUGUGUUUAUUGGUGAGUAAUGAUAGUUUCCGCCUCCUGGUGAUUAGAUAAUAGAGCAAAAGAAUCUGAGGAAUGGUUCGCCCUGUGGUGCCAUAGAGCUGGGAGCAGCUUUCCAUCAAUUUUAUGCCCAAUGUUGUCUUGUGAUAACAUGAGCACUGUGUGAUGACCUAUAGAUAGCUGGGUCUCUGAACCAGUAGGGGACCUAGGAGAGGAUCAGACGCCACGCGACCCUUCAGACCAGACUAAGACCUACUGUACUCUUAUACCGUAUAGACAACUUUGCUCCCCUCAUUUCCAUUGUACCAGCCAUAUUUCCCUUUUGAAGUACCCUGCACAUGUGGGCACAGUGCAUUGGGAGGGGACUGACAGCAGUAUGGCAGCCUUAUGAAAACAGUGGUGGAGCCAAGUCAGCCCACUAGCUGCCACACACUCAUUAAUUAGACAGGCUUAUCAGGUGGCUGUGUCUGGACAGAUUACUGCUGCGCUGCAGAGAGAGAGCCACAGAACAAAGCAGGCAGGCAGGGCACGAGGAGCAGCUGUACAGCUGUGGAACCACGGAGGUAUGGAGGGGGGGAUGGAGGCGGGGAGAGUGGGGGUACAGUACACUUUUGAAACAAUCUACUUUAUCUGAAUGCUGCCCUCUGAGUUCACUCCAGCCCUCCAUGAGGCUUUCCUGUGUAAAUAACAUGAAAAUACCACUUUUUAUGUGGGGCAAUUUGUGUAUGUUGUCUGAAAUGUUGUAGGGGAGUUAUUCACAGCUCCUAUAACUGGCUGUUGCAGAAUGUGCUGAAGGAUGUGAAAUGGGUCUAGGGUUUGGAGGGGUCUGGGAAGCUGUAAUGGUGCUUGCUGUUUAUUUAUGCUGGCCUGGCCACGUAUACAGAGAGGCUGGGCAUAGACGCAAGGUACAGACACUAAUCCCUGCCUGUUUACUCUCAGUGGGGAGGGCUGUUUCUCAACAAAACAAGGCAAAAGGCCUUGAUGAAAACUGGGCUCAUUUCUGUUUAACUUUCCCUUGUUAGUGCAGUGUUUGGAGUGCCAUGUUUGGACAAUAAAUCUCCGGGCGCGCAGCCGGAGACAGGAAGUAUACCAUUUCAGGGUUGCCAUGGAGACAUCCUUUGACCUUGGGAGGGAUAGCGUAGACUGAGAAGUCCUCAAGAAUCCCGCUAGUCACUACUGACUAUGGCCUGUCCUCAUGAGCGUUUAAGCCAUGAUGAUAAUGCACAUACUGUAAAUUCAACCAAAGUUUCAUUGAAAUGUCAAAUUUGACCUUGAGUGUUUGUGCUGUCUCUCUCUCUCCUCUAUCUGUUUCUGUCCAGCUGCGUUCCUGUCCAGCCUGGGCCAGUAUGAAAUUGCCAUCCCGGUUCGCGUGGGGCCGCAGGGCGAGACCCUGGACACAGAGGAUUGGGGUGCAGACAGCCCCAACCACCACCGGCGGAACCGCCGCAGUGCUGAGGACCAGCAACAGGACCCGUCCCAGAUGUACUACCAACUCUCCACCCCCAAAACCAACUUCCUCCUCAACCUGACCCUGCAGGGGGGCCUGCUGUCCCGCCAGUUCCGUGUGGAGUACUGGAGGAGGGGCCGUCUGGCCUGGAGCCACCCUUACGCCCCCCAGUGUCUCUAUGUAGGCCACCUGCAGGAUCAGCCCCACUCCAGCAAGGUGGCUCUCAGCAACUGUAACGGCCUGGUAAGUACCUGACCCAUCUAGUACUGCUAGCGCCACUGGUCUGUUGUCCUAUGGUCUCUUGUCUUGUUGUCCGGUUGUCCUGAUUUCCUGCUGUCUUGUUGCCCUGUUGUCUUGUUGUGCUGUUGUGCUGUUGUCUUGUUGUGCUGUUGUCUUGUUGUGCUGUUGUCUUGUUGUGCUGUUGUCUUGUUGUCUUAUUGUGCUGUUGUCUUGUUGUGCUGUUGUCUUGUUGUGCUGUUGUGCUGUUGUCUUGUUGUCUUGUUGUGCUGUUGUCUUGUUGUCUUGUUGUGCUGUUGUCUUGUUGUCUUGUUGUGCUGUUGUCUUGUUGUCUUGUUGUGCUGUUGUCCUUGGCCUCAGGGGACCCAGGGCUAAUGGAUCUCCAGAGGUUUCCUCUCCCUCUGAGUGUAACAUUAUGAUUCAGUGUACAAGGAUAGCUCUGACCCUGGACUAGACCAGGGCAUCUGCCUGGCCACAUAGUAUUCUAGGCCUGGAACAGGAAUGCACCUGCGUAUACAAGGGAUUACCAAAGCCCAUUCUUAUCACCAGACUUCCCCUGCUGGUCACAACUAAUAACGUCACUAAGGCAUGUUCACAGCUGUACGUCUCGACCAUUCAGUAGCCAGCUAGCACCGCCGCCCACGGCAGACCCUUUUGAAAUAAUGAAAUCAGUCAAAUAACACAAUUCCAAUAUGCCUUUUGACAGAUAAAAGCAUUCUCCUUGUCCAUUGAUUAUUGUGAUGUCCUUACAGCUAAUAACUAAUUGGGUCCAUAAUAACAGAGGUAAAUACAACCAAGGAUUUAAUCUGCUCACAAAGUGUUAAUAAACCCCACACAUAAUUACUUGUGGUCAGACUAGCAUAACUUAAUUCAGCAGGGAAUCCGCUGUGUGUCCACGAGAGCAUCACUAAACAUAUUACAGGAUUAGGUGCACUCUGAAAGUGUGCCGCUAUUGUAGAGACUAGAGAGGGCCGGGGGGAAACACUCACUGUGACCCUCGGAGGCUGCAGCCAAGAGAUCUAAUCAGGGGAAGUGUUACAGUGUCUCCCCGUCUCCUCUCUGUGGAAAGACUCAUGAAUCCCCACUGAGAUAGGAUCACUCUCCCUAUGUAUCUGACCUACAGAACAGUUUAGGAGAGAGGUGAGGGCCUGUGUUUGUUUAGGCCCAGGCUUGUGAGAGACUGAUAUGAUUAUAAUCCCAGGCCAGGGAUAGUUACAAUAUGUACUGUAUCAACAACAACAAAAAUCUAAUUUUAUUUGUCACAUGCGCCGAAUACAACGGGUGUAGACCUAACCGUGAAAUGCUUGCUUGCGAGUCCUUCUCAACAACGCAGAGUUACAAAUUAUAAUAAAAUAAAAAUAGUAACACAAGAGGAAUAAAAUACAUAAGAAUGGCGCUAUAUACAGGGAGUACCAGUACCAGAUCAAUGUGCAGAGGUACGAGGUAUUUGAGGUAGAUAGUGUAAAGUGACUAGGCAUCAAGAUAGAUAAUAAUAAGAGUAAAAUAAAGAAUGGAGUAGCAGCAGCAAAUGAUGAGUGUUAAAGUGUUUUAUGUGUGUGUGUGUGUGUGUGUGUGUGUGUGUGUGUGUGUGUGUGUGUGUGUGUGUGUGUGCAAGGGUGUGUGUGUAUGUGUUGUGUCGGUAUGCGUGUGUGUUAUGUGUGUGUGUGUAUGUGCUGUAUGUGAAUGAGUGUGGGUUUUGUGUGAGAGUGUCAGUGUAGUGUAUCCACUGAGGGGAGAUGAGGUGUCACAGGGCUGGCUGUAGACAGUACUACUGUAAAUGGCCUGACAGGCAGCAGAGAUAGGGACUUCUGUGCGUGUCAGUUCUUGUCCUGUCACCACCAACCUUCAGAGGGCCCCUGGCUCCCCUUUGCUUUCCUGGCUUUUCCAGCAGGGGGUGAUCGUGGCGGGCGGUGAAGAGUACCUCGUCGAGCCUCUGACCCCGGCCGAAAACCUCACGAGAGCGGAGAGGGGGGAGGGCCGCCCACAUGUGGUUUACAAGAGGUCAUCUCUCCGCCACCAGUACAUGGACCAGUCUUGUGGGGUCAUCGGUAGGUAGAGCUGUCUGGGUACUGGGCACAACAUGCCCCUUUAAACUCUCAUGUUUCACAGGUUACAAUUGGAUCAGCAUAGUUUAUGAUAUACUCUGUACAGCAGUCUCAGUUUACAGGGCAUAAUAACCUUGUUUUAAUACAUUCAAAUUAAUGUCACUCUUAUCAUCAGUCAAAAUGUUGUGGAGUGGCUCUUAUCAGGUAGUGUACCCUCUCCUCUCUUAACCCCUAUCUCUGUCUGUGUAACUGUGUCUCAGAUGAGAAGCCAGGUAAAGGCAUGUCCUGGUGGCAGAGGACUCUGAAGACCCCUCCCAACCCCAUCGGCCGAGGCCAGCUGCCCCUGAAGAGGUCUGUGAGCAGAGAGCGCUACGUAGAAACACUGGUGGUGGCCGACAAGAUGAUGGUGGGGUACCACGGCCGCCGGGACAUCGAACAGUACAUCCUGGCUGUCAUGAAUAUUGUAAGUUUCACAUCGAGUCAGAUCACUACAACUGGCAGGGUGGAAAAGUAGGAAAAUAUUUGAAAAAGCCCCACAAUCUCCUAUUGUCCCAUCCACUUUAUUGUGUCUGUGUUUAGGAUUGCGUCUAGGAUUGUUGUUACUGUGUUGAAUGGUUAUUCUGUCUUCACCUGCAGAUAGUGUAGCUGAGGUCAUAACAUCUGUAGUAGUAUUUAUUUCACAGGAUAUCACUUCACACCCUGUCGAUCAGAUGGCUACACACACACACUCAUGUCUGGAAUGCCUUUAAUGAAUGGUUGGCCUUAUUUUACUGUUCUGCAUCCAUCCUGUCACAAAAUCCCAUACAGAGGAAACUACAGAAGCACACUGUAAAGUAACCCAAAUUACACGAGUUGUGUCAAUUAUGACAAGUGUCUUUCCCUUGGGUUGUAAGUGUUAGUGAUGAAUGAUGUGUCAGCUCUUUUUAAGACUGGUCUUUUCUUGUUUCCCUGGAGGUCAGGUUGCCAAACUGUUCCAGGAUUCUAGCCUGGGGAACGCAGUGAACAUCGUGGUGACCCGCCUCAUCCUGCUCAUGGAGGACCAGGUAUUCUAUUCUAGACCCAUUCCGGAAAAAUCUCUGCCUUUCAAUGGACUUAGUGGAGUCUGCAUCCAUCCACCCUGCCUCUGCUCUGCUCCGCAUCCAACUCCCAGUCCAGUCCAGUUUGGUUUCCCGGGCCAGCAUCUAUGAGCUCCUUGUUUGUGUCAAAUUUUUGGCUUAAGUGUCCUUCCUCCCCUGCUCCCGGUGGAGACUGUCUUGUAAGCAGAGCCGUUUGUGGCAGUGGAGGGAGAGCGGCCUGCCAAGCAGCCCAGCCAUGACUGCAUUUGUUGUUGCUGGUGACCUCUCGGGCCGUUGAUAUGACGCACAUUAGUGCCCUAGAAAAGUGCAUAUAAAAAUAUAAAGCUAAAUAUGAAGCUGGGGCAGGCAGGCGGGCAGCAGGCAGGCAGGCGUGCCUCACUGUGGCCCAGUGUUCUAUCCACCUGCUGCCUGGGGAUUGACAUGAAUGUCAUGUCACGUGCUUGGUCCCGGUCCAGUCCACCAGGCCAGUCAGCCAGGCCCCGUGCUGCUAACGGCAUGCGGUCAAACUGAGUGCCAGGACAGGGUUACACUCUCUGGCGUAAUGUGGACCUAAUAAGCCUUCAUACAGAUGAUUCAAAGGGUAUUAGAUGGGGACUAGUGGUUUUGCGGUGAAGGUACUGUGGCAGUCUAAUAACAACCUGUAUGAUUCAUACUAGACAGCUGAAAAUAAUCCCCUGUAAUUUGCCCCGGGCAUAUGUCAUCUGACAAAGAAAGAAAUGAAUAAAUAAAUGUUAUGAUCAUUAGCAGAAGUAUUAGUAUUAUUUUUGCUGUUCGGUCUGUUGAGGUUGGGGUAAGACCAAAAGUCGUCUCGCUGAGAGGAGCAGAGCGGGUCUGUCGUUUCCAGCUGAAAACUGACCCUGGAAAACAAAACAGACUAGCCAGCCCACUGAGCCCAGAGAUGAAGGAUUGUGGGAUGAGACAAUUACUAGUUAUGUCACCACCAUGGACAUUCCUGUGUUACGAGCCUUACCCAGCUGUGACCAGGAGAGCAUUCCCUUUCCUCUGUCAAGGUGGCUAAUGGCAGCGAGAGAGCAAAGCAGAGGGAGCUCCUGUCCUCAUCAGUCCAGUCCAAUAGCCCCAUGGCAGAGGGCUAGGCUGCUUAAUACUAGGCUCAUUGCACAGCUAUGGUUGAACUGGUCAAUUCUGUUUAUGUAGUAAAAAUUAAUUAUUGGUCCACAUGGGGAAUGUCUUUCUCAUUACUCCUUCUGGCUUAUAAAUUAUUGUCAGGUCAUUGCAGAUAGUAAAAGUGGCAUAUCUAGGAAAACCUAAAGAUGAUUAUACAGUCAUUUGAUUAUUUCACUGUACACUUCCAGAUUAUGUUGAUUUCAGUUUGUAUUCCCUCUCUGUCUCUGUCAGCCGACUCUAGAGAUCAACCACCAUGCAGGGAAGUCCCUGGACAGCUUCUGUAAGUGGCAGAAAUCCAUCCAGAACCGGAAUGGCAACGGGAAUGCCAUCCCAGACAACGGCAUCGCUCACCACGACACUGCCGUGCUCAUCACCAGGUCAGCACUCACAGCACCGGAACAUUCUUAGUGAUUCAGUGUUGAGAUAAGCAUGCACAACUCAGACUUUCACAUAAGUCAUUAAUUGACUUCAAUGGGAGACUUGCGCAGAAUUCGAGAUAAGUGCACAGAUCUCAAGACAGAAUACUGCUCUUAGUACCAAAAUGCACAUGCUAGCAUUGUCAAUGCACAUAAUAAACCCUCUCUAGCCUAAUUCCUUAAUGAUCCACUACUGAGUCUAUUGGACAAAGAUACUAUAUUGUGCUCAAUUUAUUCUUCUUUGGAUUACGGUUUUAGUAAGAACUGACUCCAUAUUCUGCCCUCUGAGUUCACUGGCUCCUUCUCUUACCUCAUGACCUCUCAUUUUCGCCAAGUGUGCAUUUGUGUCUGGUCCUGUCUGGAGUGACGGAACGUAGGCUGUUCUGCUCAACUGAGCAUCUGGAGAGAGAGCGCUGUGGAGAGGGAGGGAGAAAAAAACGAGAGAAAGAGAGAGAGAGAGAGAGAGAGAGAGAGAGAGAGAGAGAGAGAGAGAGAGAGAGAGAGAGAGAGAGAGAGAGAGGGAGAGGGAAUCAGAGUACAGCUGCCUUGAAUCUGACAGCCCUGAGCCGGGCCAAGGAAGCAAAGUACAGUUUCAGAAAUAGUGAGGCACUCUAUUUAGGGGGAAAACAGCAACAGCAGCAACAGCAGAAACACAAUACUGUAGAGAGAUACAACAGAGCACCAUUCACUGAAAAGCUCUGCCCAUGCAUGGGCCCCUGUUCCGACUCGCUUGUAUUCUCUUUUCUUGGAGUGUCUUUGGAUGUUUGAUCUGUGAGAAUAGGUUCUUUAUAUGAAGACUUUUAUCGAAGAGGGAUUGAAAAUGUCCAGAGGACACUGCAGUAACCAUCCUUUUAUUUCCUGCCAUUGUUCAGACCUUAUCAGUCGCUUAUCAAGUCUGUUGUGUGUCCAUAUAGGGCUUAGUGCCUCUGAUAGAGAGAGAAGGAGAGGGGAGAGAGAGAGAGGGAGAGAGAGAGAGGAGAGAGAGAGGGAGGGAGAGAGAGGGAGAGAGAGAGGAGAGAGGGGGAGGGAGAGAGAGAGUACAGAGAGAGGAGAGAGAGUGUGUGUGUGUGUGUGUGUGUGAGAAAGAGUCUGUGUGUGAUUACGUGUGUGAGUGGUUUUUGCUGAAUGUACUUUAUGUUUUAGUGAGUGCCUGUCAGGGUGUGGAAGCACCGACUGCCAGAGUAUUCGUUUGAGUAAAUGGCCUGGUUUAUUUUCCUUGCUGUUCCCAGGUACGACAUCUGCAUCUACAAGAACAAGCCAUGUGGAACCCUAGGUAGGACAUCUGGUCAAACCUGCCUGCCCCCGCCCGGCCCAGGAGAGGGCUAACCCUGGGCACACACACUGCACACAGGCCGCUUGUUGGGAAGCACUGAGCUUCAGUGUCAGACUAUAUAUAAUCUAGAGCAGCCAGGGGAGGGGAUGUGACUCAGGAAACUGCCUUCAUUUUCACUUUGCUCUCCCUCACUAUUAAGUACCUACCUACUGUAUCUCUGCUGCAGCUGACUUACCAGCAUGACUGACUAGUACUGUCUUAAGGCGUCCUCAUGCUUCCCAGACAAAACAGUUCAGUAGAGUUCGUGCAUAUAUUAUGACGACUUUUAGUGACGUUUCUGUUCGUUUUGGACUUCGGUUAUUUUUUUUUGGGUUGUUCAGGCACACACUUUUUUUUCUGGAAGCAAGCCGAACUUUGCAGCCUAAGUCUACGCCCCUUCGUCGGUGAUUGGUCAAUAAAGUAUUUGUUGUCACGCAACGAGAGACGACUCGUUUUCAUGCAAAUGUUUUCAUUGAAAAAUACUGCACUAAAUUAGUUAGAUGUAAAAAGCCAAACUGAAGCAUGCUGACGCCUUUAGAGUGACACGUAGAUGCAGAAUCUAGGUUUUUAGAUUUUGGUUAAGUUUAUAUGGAUAUAUAAAGGUAACUGCCAAAAUAAAGGAAACACUUGAGUAAAUGAGGGAUACAAAGUAUAUUAAAAGCAGGUGCUCCAACCCAAGUGUGGUUAAUGUUAAUUAAGCUAUUAGCAUCACAUCAUGCUUAGGGUAAUGUAUAAAAAUGCCCAGUUGCCCAAUAUUUUCACUACCAUGGCUAGAAGAAGAGAUCUCAGUGACUUUGAAAGAGGGUUCUCAAAGGGGGUUUAAAGUGUGUGUGUGUGUGUGUGUGUGUGUGUUUGUUGAACACUUAUGGGAGAUUCUGGAGCGGCGCCUGAGACAGCGUUUUCCACCACCAUCAACAAAACACCAAAUGAUGGAAUUUCUCAUGGAAGAAUGGUGUCGCAUCCCUCCAAUAGAGUUCCAGACACUUGUAGAAUGCCAAGGUUCAUUGAAGUUGUUCUGGCGGCUCGUGGUGGCACAACGCCCUAUUACACUACAUGACCAAAGGUAUGUGGACACCUGUUCUUCGAACAUCUCAUUCCAAAAUCAUGGCCAUUAAUAUGGAGUUGGUCCCCCCUUUGCUGCUAUAACAGCCUCCACUCUUCUGGGAAGGCUUUCCACUAGAUGUUGGAACAUUGCUGCGGGGACUUGCUUCCAUUCAGCCACAAGAGCAUUAGUGAGGACGGGCACUGAUGUUGGCGAUUAGGCCUGGCUCGCAAUUGGCAUUCCAAUUCAUCCCAAAGGUGUUCGAUGGAGUUGAGAUCAGGGCUCUGUGCAGGGCAGUCAAGUUCUUCCACACCGAUCUCGAAAAACCAUGUCUGUAUGGAACUCGCUUUGUGCACAGGGGCAUUGUCAUGCUGAAACAGGAAAGGGCCUUCCCCCAAACUGUUGCCACAAAGUUGGAAGCACAGAAUCGUCUAGAAUGUCAUUGUAUGCUGUAGCGUGAAGAUUUCCCUUCACUGGAACUAAGGGGCCUAGACCGAACCAUGAAAAACAGCCCCAGACCAUUAUUCCUCCUCCACCAAACUUUACAGUUGGCACUAUGCAUUGGGGCAGGUAGUGUUCUCCUGGCAUCCACCAAACCCAGAUUCGUCCGUCGGACUGCCAGAUGGUGAAGCGUGAUUCAUCACUCCAGACAACGCGUUUCCACUGCUCCAGAGUCCAAUGGCGGCGAGCUUUACACCACUCCAGCCGACGCUUGGCAUUACGCAUGGUGAUCUUAGGCUUGUGUGCGGCUGCUCGGCCAUGAAAACCCAUUUCAUGAAGCGCCCGAUGAACAGUUCUUGUGCUGACAUUGCUUCCAGAGGCAGUUUGGAACAUGGUAGUGAGUGUUGCAACCGAGUACAAACUAUUUUUACACGCUACUCACUUCAGCACUUGGGCGGUCCCGUUCUGUGAGCUUGUGUGGGCUACCACUUCGCGGCUGAGCCGUUGUUGCUCCUAGAUGUUUCCACUUCCCAAUAACAGCUCUUACAGUUGACCGGGGAAGCUCUAGCGGGGCAGAAAUUUGACGAACUGACUUGUUAGAAAGGUGGCAUCCUAUGAGGGUGCCACGUUGAAAGUCACUGAGCUCUUCAGUAAGGCCAUUCUACUGCCAAUGUUUGUCUAUGGAGAUUGCAUGGCUGUGUGCUCGAUUUUAUACACCUGUCAGCAACGGGUGUGGCUUAAAUAGCCGAAUCCACUAAUUUGAAGGGUUGUCCACAUACUUUUGUAUAUAUAGUGUAAGACACUUUAUGUUGGUAUUUCCUUUAUUUUGGCAGUUAUCUGUAUAUGUUAGCAUGUAACUGUAUGUAUUUGACAUUUGCAUAAUCUCUGUAUGUGCUUCAGCAUGCAUGAAUGUGAAUGGACAUGUAUGGCUAUGUUAGUGAAAGUAUUGUGUGUCUCUCUGUCCCAGGUCUAGCUCCAGUGGGAGGGAUGUGUGAGCCAGAGAGGAGCUGCAGCAUCAACGAGGACAUCGGCCUGGCCACAGCCUUCACCAUCGCCCACGAGAUAGGACACACGUAAGGAGCUCACCCACAUCACCUAUAUCACCCUCAUCACCCACAUCACCUAUAUCACCCUCAUAUCCCUCGUCACUGGGGCCCUGAGUCUUUACUGACCACGGGACCUGACCAGGAAAAUGAUCAGAGCCCCAGUUAUAGCCUUCGUCACAGUGGUCAUAAACACACCUUUGACACACACACCCUUUGGGCUUUAGGCUCUGUUUCUGCUUUAUGGCCCUACGCUGUUUCAACAAACCACUCUUUCACUGAUGUUACCUAUUACCCCACACAGGAAACCCUGCCCCUGUCCCUGGCUUCUGUCCCUGCCCUUCUUCCCUUACACCCCCUGCCCCCUGCCAUUACCCAAGCACCCCUGGUCUGGGCUGACUUGAGCUAAAUUUAUCCAAAGCCCAAGCUCAGAGUGAGAUUGCUGUUAGAUUAGAGCCGUACCAGAGGAAGAACUUACGUAACUACCUCCAUGAGUAAUUUCCAUCAAUUGAGAACAUGUUAAUAUCUUUAUAUUUGCUUUCAGUCAUGUGCUAUUUAUACGCUAGUGGAACAAUGUAUGAGUGUGGCUGGUACAGUAUGAAAACGGAUGCACUCACUAACUGUAAGUCGCUCUGGAUAAGAGCGUCUGCUAAAUGACUAAAAUGUAAAAAAUGUCAAAUGUACAGUAUAUCAUUCUGAGCCUACCACAGUGCCUGGCAAUAGGCAUGUCUUUUGUACCUUCCCUCCAAGACACUUUGUUUUACUUGCUGGCCUGGCAUAUCAGCCGAUCUGCCUCUCUGCCUCACUUACUCAUGCAUACAUAUUUAUCUAGGUGCAUGCCUGAGUAAUAUAAGACAUGCUCCACUGGACAUGCAUGUCAUUUCCAAGCCUCUUCAUUCCCUGCCAUGAAAGAGGAUUCUGUUAAAUUUGCUCUGAUAUUUUCCUUCAAAAGCCAUUACUUGGUAUCAUUUUUGAAAAUCCACUAUAUUUGCAAAGUAAUUGAGUGUGCCAUUUACCUACGUGUGCACACAGGCCUCUGAGGUAUUUUCACAGGUGGCAAACCUAUUGGUGUUCCCCCCUAAUGGCUAGUCCAGGUACCUUUGAACUGGAUGGGGUGCUUAUACCCUGGGGCUGUCUAGACGGCGGGCCUUGUCUUUUACAGUUCAUAUGGAAGUGUGUGUGUGUGCAUGUGUGUGUGUGUGUGAGAGAGAAAGCAGAGCACAGAGAUACUUUGCUGUCUGUUAAAUAUGCACUGACCUCAGAGACAGAGCUCAUGGUGUUAAUAAGAGUUUAACGGAGAGGAUAUUUGAGUAAAAAAUUGCCUUUUGCCCGAUACCAUCACCAAUACCCCAAUAUUUCACACAUACUUAGUCACCCAGGUGAUAUAUCAACACAGUACCAUCUCUCUCUCUCCCUGCAGGUUUGGGAUGAACCAUGAUGGAGUGGGCAACGCCUGUGGCUCCCGCAGUCAGGAGACAGCCAAGCUGAUGGCUGCACACAUCACCAUGAAGACCAACCCUUUCGUCUGGUCCGCCUGCAGCCGAGACUACAUCACCAACUUCCUGGAGUGAGUCUGCAGCUGUCACUGUCAAUACACAGGACAUACAGUACAACAAAGUGGAAGCAUAAGGUGUUAUAAAGUUGAUCAUGAGUUUAUUGUGGGGUAGAUUAACUGGGUGCAUUGCAAGUGAGGCGAUGUCCAUCUUUGUUGUGUUGUGAGCUCUUUUUCAGUGUCUUCUCCUGUUUGUGUCUCUGCAGCUCAGGCAUGGGCUCCUGCCUCAACAACGUCCCCCCCAAGCAGGAGUUUGUGUACCCUACUACGGCCCCCGGCCAGGCCUACGAUGCAGAUGAGCAGUGCCGCUUCCAAUACGGAGUGAAGUCUCGGCAGUGUAAAUACGGGGUACCGAAUCACCUUCCUCAUCCUCCUCUUCCUCCUCCUCUAACUCGUUUGAUAAGGCUGUAUGGUCAUUUUUAUCAGGCAGAUACAUUCAGUACUCUAUGUGUGGCCCGUGUAGGAAUUAAACUCACAACUCUGGUGUUGCAAGCACCAUGCUCCAAUCAACUGUCUGAUCCAUUAGUACCACGUGCACCUUAUGUCCUCUUCCUCCUUCCUCUUCUUCUCCAGAGCAGAUGUGUGCUUCUCCUCUCCAUCUGUAGGCCAGCUCUCCUCUCCAUCUGUAGGCCAGCUCUCCUCUCCAUCUGUAAUCUCCCGAGUGGCGCAGUGGUCUAAGGCACUGCAUCGCCACUAGAUAUCCUGGUUCGAAUCCAGGCUCUGUCGUAGCCAGCCCGAGACUGGGAGACCCAUUGGGCGGUGCACAAUUGGUCCAGUAAGGGGAGGGAAAGGCCGGCAGGGAUGUAGCUCAGUUGGUAGAGCAUGGCGUUUGCAACACCAGGGUUGUGGGUUCGAUUCCCACGGGGGUCCAGUAUGAAUAAUAAAAAUGUGCUACUAGAGAUCCUGGUUCGAAUCCUGGCUGUGACUGGGAGACCCAUGGGGUGGCGCACAAUUGGCCCAGGGUAGGGGAGGGAAAGGCCGGCAGGGAUGUAGCUCAGUUGGUUGAGCAUGGUGUUUGCAACGCCAGGGUUGUGGGUUCGAUUCCCACGGGUCCAGUAUGAAUAAUAAAAAUACAAAUAAUAAUGUACCACUAACUGUAAGUUGCUCUGGAUAAGAGCAUCUGCUAAAUGACUAAAAUGUAGGUGCGCUCUCUUUUCCAUCUGUAGUCCAGCUCUCCUCUCUAUCUGUAGGCGCGCUCUCCUCUCCAUCUGCGGGCCAGCUCUCCUCUCCAUCUGUAGUCCAGCUCUCCUCUCUAUCUGUAGUCCAGCUCUCCUCUCUAUCUGUAGGCGCACUCUCCUCUCCAUCUGUAGGCCAGCUCUCCUCUCCAUCUGUAGUCCAGCUCUCCUCUCUAUCUGUAGGCGCACUCUCCUCUCUAUCUGUAGGCGCACUCUCCUCUCCAUCUGUAGUCCAGCUCUCCUCUCUAUCUGUAGGCGCGCUCUCCUCUCCAUCUGUAGGCCAGCUCUCCUCUCCAUCUGUAGGCCAGCUCUCCUCUCCAUCUGUAGGCCAGCUCUCCUCUCUAUCUGUAGGCGCGCUCUCCUCUCCAUCUGUAGGCCAGCUUUCCACUCCUCUCUGGCAUAUCUCUGGCUCUCUGCCCACUCUGAUCAGGGCAUCAUGAUGGCAGACAGAGUAGCGACUGGAUUUUGACUGAUAUUUAUUUGUGUCCCAGCUAGAGUUUUUUUUCCCUUUUUUUAACCAGUCCCAGGAUUUUGGCCCCAUGUGUGAAGAAUUAAUGAAGAAGUCUUGUGCUACCUUUAUUUUAUUAGACAGUCUAUUUUAUUGGCCCGACAGCUGAGUGAACGGACAUCUGGAACAAAAUAGCACGUUAUAGUGUCAUUAUCAUUGAUACUAUGUAGUCAGAGCAUAUGUAUACAAUAAAAUACAACGGCAUAAGUCUUAAAUACAUUAGCACCACAGAGACCAGUGGUAGUUGAACCAACCGCUGGUGCCGUCUGCACCGGGUCAGUGAGCCCUCUUGGUUGGGCUCAUCAGUGCCUGUUGUCUCUAAAUGGGCUGAAAUGGACACACUCUGACAGCUCUCUCUGUGCCUGCAGGAAGUCUGCAGCGAGCUGUGGUGCAUGAGCAAAAGCAACCGCUGCAUCACCAGCAGCAUACCCGCCGCCGAAGGAACCAUCUGUCAAACCAAUACCAUAGAGAAAGGAGUAAGCACUGGGAUGUUCCAUUACCAGCAGAAAUGGGGGUGUUUGGUGUGCAAAUGACAAAAAUCAGUAGUUCCAAAGCUUGUCCCUCCCCUGUGUGUGUGUUUCAGUGGUGCUAUAAGAGGGUGUGUGUGGUCUACGGGACCCAGCCAGAGGGGGUGGACGGCGGCUGGGGUCUCUGGACCCCCUGGGAGGAGUGCAGCCGUACCUGUGGGGGAGGAGUGUCCUCCUCCAUCCGCCACUGUGACAGCCCCAGGUGAGUGGUGCUGCAGAUGGAGGGUGAUGUGGAUCUCAACUCUGUCUAUAAGGAUUUGCCAUUGAAUUCCCAGCCACUGUAGGACUGUAAAGUCAUAGGAUUGUAUCUGGCUGGCUCUUCCUAACUUCCAAGCACAACUGUUUGUUGGGGAUGAGAGACAUCAGUCUACCACCAAUCAUUUUAACAUCCCACUAUAAUCACCCACGUGCAACAACGACAGCCGUAAUAAAGUUUUAACACAGACAGUGUUUCUACUGAGGAGUCUCAUUGGCUUGGAUAGCUGAGUAAUAAAAAGACAGACUGUCAGAGAUUGAAACAGGGUGGUAGAGCCCAGCCAGCCAGGCGGGAGGAGAAUAGAACCCAGUGUCAUUGGGGAGUUGUUGUUCAAUUGUACUCAGAUGUGUUUCGCCUCUGCUUUUCUGGUUCCAGGCCAACCAUUGGUGGAAAGUAUUGUCUGGGAGAGAGGAAGCGCUUCAGAUCGUGCAAUAUUGACGUGAGUGGUGGAGCAGAGCGGAGCGGAGCGGAACGGAGCAGCAGCUCUCUCUGAAAGGCCUACAGUACCAUCACAUACUCAUCCUGGCUAUGCCCAGCUCUCAACUCAGAUCUUCAGCUCUCAGACUGACCUAAUUAACAGCAGCCUACCCAGUCCCAAACUAAAGCCCUCACUGUGUGUGUGUGUGUGUACAUGGUGGAGUGUAGAGGCUACUGUGAGUUCAGUCUUACUGUAAAUGACUGCUGGCAGCGAGAGAGACAAGGGAGGGGAUAUACUGGGUUUCUGAUGUUGAGAGGCCUGGGAUUUGACUGACAUAGAGCUGUUCUGUGCCCCUCUGUGUGUGUCUGUUUUAGGAGUGCCCUGCAGGCUCUCAGGAUUUUCGGGAGAUUCAGUGCUCCGACUUCGACAACGUUCCUUUCCGGGGGAAAUUCUACACCUGGAAACCCUACAGGGGAGGUGGGUACAGUAAGUGUGUGUACCCCCCCCCCUCCACAGUAGACUGAAAACGUCUGUAGACAGUCUGUAGAUAUGGAGAAAGCUGAUAUUAGAGCAGACACACCUGUGAGUUUACAGAGAGAGAAUAGUGCAGCAGCAGAUGGGGAGAGCUGAGCAGUAGAGUGCUGCCAGACCGUGGGCCCAGAAAGGGAAGAGGGGAGAGCAGAAAAUAAGAGAGGAGAAGCGAGAGAGGAGGAGAGGAGAGGGGAAAGCUGCAGAAAGUUUACUGUCUGGCUCCCAUAUGCUUGCCCUGGAAAGUCUUCUCCCAGAAUCCCCAGCUAGAAUUCCUGUGCUUGAUGAGCGCUGCACUGGACGCAAAAGAUAAAUACUUUUGACGACAUAACUGCCUUUAAUCUACCAGUCCAAUAACAUAAUGGCUUACAGAGGGGCCCUCUCCAACUCCAGGCAACAAGUGCUCCUUUCAUCAAGUCAGCUGAUUUUACAAUGGAAAUCCCUUGCAGCUGUUAAAAUAGGAGCUGUGCCAUGGUCUGCCCUGCGUUAGGGCCAGAUCACACAUCCCAGUCCCCUUCUCUCCCCUCACUCACUCACUCCACUCUCCAUUUCUCUUUCUUUCUCACUCUCCAUUCCUCUUUCUUUCUCCCUCUCUUGCUAAUUUCCUCUCUGGUCUCUGCUGUCUCCCUCCCUCUCCUUCUCUCUGUCCUGUACUCUGACACCUCUUGCAGGCUGUCGGGCUUGGCUCAGACAGCCAAGGACAGUUCAUUUAAAAAAGCAUGCAGCGUUUUAGCAGUCAUAUUUAUUUUUUCAGAGGCAUGCGCCAUCCACAUUGUUGCGCUCAGUCCAACAACCUUCGCAGGCAGCCUUCCUCCAGCAGGCCCCCCAAGUCAGUCAGCCCCCAUCCAUCCAUCCACCCAGCCUCCAAACCCGUUUCGCUUCAGACUGGAAGCAGGCCUGCCAAAGCACAGCACCAUGGGAGUUAGAGUUUUCCAUCAUCCCACCACUUUCUCGUCUGCUAGCCUCGCAGGCAGCACAUACUGUACCUGUAUCUGUGGUGCCAGCACAAACAGAGCCCAAAGUGAACUUUUCAAACAGUGGAACUAGCUGGAAAUGGAUAUAUUUGGCUAGUGCACAGCCGUGGCAGUAUUAGAUGACUUGAUAUGUUUGUACACGGCUGCUCACCCAGUCCGCAGGGGGGUUACAGUGCAGGGAGUUGGGGGGGCUGUGGUGGGCUAUGACACCCUGGCUGAGAGAGAGAGGCUUCCUAGGAGAAUUAGUGGAAAGUCUGCUUCCUGGUCCUGGUCCUGGCUGCCAGGGUAUUAGGGCAUGAUUAGCACCUUAUUCCUGCUCUCACAUGACCAGAGCCUGGACAGGUUAUAAAGCACGGAAACUGGGCUGACUAAAGGGUGGUGGUGGUGAGUAAAGUGAGACCAUGGGUGUGGUUGUGUUGUGUUGUGUUGUGUUGUGUUGCGUUGCGUUGCGUUGCGUUAUGUUGUGUAUUGUGUUUAUGUGUGUUGUGUGUGUAUGUGUGAGCAGGUGUGGUGGUGUUUCCGUGCUGAGACAUUGAUUGGUGUCACGAUCGUCUUCAAAAGGAGCAGACCAAUACGCAGCGCGUUGAGCGAACAUGACUUUAUUAAAUUAACGUACUCACUACAAAACCAACAAACAAUGACGAAACGUGAAGUCCUCCGUUACAAUGACUGACAAGGAACAAAAACCCACAACACUAAGGUGAACACUGACAGUUUAAAUAUGGCUCCCAAUCAGAGAUAACGAGCCGACAGCUGACACUCGUUACCACUGAUUGGGAGUCACACGACCAAACAAUGAAACACAACCAAAUACAACACAACCAAAUGAACACACCCUGGCUCAAAAUACACAGUCCCGGAGCCAGAGCGUGACAGUACCCCCCCCUAAAGGCGCGGACUCCGACCGCGCCUACACCCCAAAUAGGGAAGGGCUGGGUGGGUAUUGCUCCUCGGAGGCGGCUCCGGCUCCGGCUCCGGGCUUGACCACCACCCUACUACAAUCCCCCCGUAGUGCCCCCAGUCCGAUCUGACCCAGUUAGCUGGAUCAGGACUGCCGACGCGCACCCCUGGCUUGGCGCGUGAGGCAGGAAUGGACCGGACCUGGCAGACGAUACGCACCCUUUGCAUGGUGCGUGGAGCCGGAACAGGCCUCACCAGGCUGAAGACUCGCAUCCCUGGCUUGGUGCGAGUAGCAGGAAUGGGCUGAAUCCGGCUGACGACUCGCACCCUUGGCUUGGUGCGAGUAGCAGGAAUGGGCUGAAUCCGGCUGACGACUCGCACCCUUGGCUUGGUGCGAGUAGCAGGAAUGGGCUGAAUCCGGCUGACGACUCGCACCCUUGGCUUGGUGCGAGUAGCAGGAAUGGGCUGAAUCCGGCUGACGACUCGCACCCUUGGCUUGUUGCGAGUAGCAGGAAUGGGCUGAAUCCGGCUGACGACUCGCACCCUUGACUUGGUAUGAGUGGCAGGAAUGGGCCGGACUGGGCUGGCGACGUGCACCACAGACCUGGUGCGGAGAGCAGGAACGGGCAGAGCCGGGCUGACGAGACGCACCACAGGCUUGAUGCGGAGAGCAGGCACGGGCCGUGCCGGACUGACGACGCACACCACUGGCUUGGUGCGGGAAGCUUGGAUGGGCCGGACUGUACUGGGGACACACACCACUGGUCCUACACCGGGAUCUGGAACGGGCCGGACCGGACUGGCAACACACGCCAGUACCUCUCGCCGUGCCUCUACUUCCUCCAUCCCCUCUUCGACCAGUGGCCCCCGUAACCCGGCGGCCUUCUCCGGCAACCCACUGGGCCGCUCUAUCGCGGCCUCCUGCUGGUCCGACGUCGUGAGCCCCCCCCUAAAAAUGUUCGGGGCGUCUCUCCUACCCGUGGACCAGGUCUCCAUGUCCCUCGCCAGCCUCUCGCCCUUCUGCCAUAAUGUCAAGCCCUUCUCUUCCUCACUCGGCUUGACCCAGUCCAGGAGGCGAAGGAGAUCUGUGAGGGAUCUCCCUGGCGAUGGCUCCUGGACACGCUGCUUGGUCCCAUCUUGGUGGGUUUUUCUGUCACGAUCGUCUUCAAAAGGAGCAGACCAAUACGCAGCGCGUUGAGCGAACAUGACUUUAUUAAAUUAACGUACUCACUACAAAACCAACAAACAAUGACGAAACGUGAAGUCCUCCGUUACAAUGACUGACAAGGAACAAAAACCCACAACACUAAGGUGAACACUGACAGUUUAAAUAUGGCUCCCAAUCAGAGAUAACGAGCCGACAGCUGACACUCGUUACCACUGAUUGGGAGUCACACGACCAAACAAUGAAACACAACCAAAUACAACACAACCAAAUGAACACAGUCCCGGAGCCAGAGCGUGACAAUUGGCCUUGUCAGCCAGCAAGAGAGCUCAGUGUGGUCGCUGGCAUGCUCGGUAAUAUGGCAUAAAUGAGAGCACCUGUCAGUGCACAAAUAACCCCUACCCCCUCUCUCCCUCUCUCUUUCCUCGCUCUCUGUCCGUUUUUGUGCUAGUCUGCAGGAUAACCACAUAUCCACUUUCACAGGGAAUCUGCUGAGAGAUGCACUAUUUCUGUUAGCUCCCUCUGUUUUUUUGUUGUGAGCUUUUGACACCUCAGAACCCACAGCUCUCAUCAGUCCUAGGCCUUAAGUGGUGGAGGGGUGACCGACACAGAGGGGGCCGAGGGGACAAAGGGGUUUUGUGUGUGUGUGUGUGUGUGUGUGGUGGGGUGGGGGGGGGGGGGGGGGGGGGGGGACUUAAUCACAUUCAGCUGCUUGUUCUCUUGAUGUUAACAAUCCAAACUGUGCUCUCCCCCCUGUAGACCCCCUCUACCUCCCCCUCUCCUCUCUGUCUGCCUUUGGCGCCCGAGUCCUUACAGCCGUGGGAGAACAAACUAACUGCAUCGAACAUAAAACCCAAAAGCUCAUUAAAAUACCAUGCGUGGCCAUCAGACACAUUAGAGCAGCCCGUGGUGUUUCUCAGUAAUGAAGGUGAACAGCUGGAUUCAUGUAUUGUGCUUCACCCAACAAGAGGCAUCAGGCCUCACUGCUGGAAGUGCUAAAAAAACAAUUUUAUUUGUGUUGGUGUUAAUGUUACGUAAUGUUGUAAACACGACGCAGCAGCAGAGUAGCAUACAAACACAUUGCGUAAGUUUUUCAGCAAUGAAAUGAUGUGAAAGCCAGUGUGUGUGUCAUAUAAAAGGCUGAGUCUGGUGUUGUUGUCUCUGCUGGCUGCUGCAGAUGGGAUCCUAUAGAGGACCUCCACAGCUGCUUCUCUGGUCAACUCAAUCUAGCUCUUAGUCAGGCUAUGUGUUGUUUACCAAGAGUAUUACACGACACCUAAAGAAACGUACAGCUCUUAAUAACCUCUGACUUAUUUCUUAUGGUAUUGUCAAGUCCUUGUCAAAACACAUGGGAUCUUGUAAAUAUAUUUUUGUAAUGGCUUAGAUAUUGGACUGACAGACAUAAGGAUGUGGGUUCGAGUCCCACUUGGGCUUACCUCAGAAAUCUAAAUUGAAUGAGGGAUCUGUUAGUGUUUGCUUGUAUUGAUCUAUUGUCUCAUGUUCCUCUUCUCUGUGCUGCUCUGUUGACCAGGUGGAGUGAAGUCCUGCUCUCUGAACUGCCUGGCGGAGGGAUAUAACUUCUACACAGAGCGUGCACCGGCUGUGGUGGACGGGACCCCAUGUCGAGACGACUCUCUGGAUGUCUGUGUGAACGGAGAGUGCAAG